GUGAGGUUGUGCUGUCCCUUGAAUGACACUCAAGGCUGUGGCCCCGCAGCAGAGGAAGCGGUGGUGGUGGCGUCGGCGGCGGCGGCGGCGGCAGCCGGAGCUAGCAGUAACCGAGCUGGUAAGGAAACUGAGGUAUACAAGGAUGAACUUUUGCAAGGCUACAAAUCUGGUUAAUGGUGAAGUGGUUUCCAGCUUUCCUGGCCCAGUCCGGGAUUCUGCUCUUUUGCAGGUUUGUAUUUGUACUAUAAUAAAAUGUGACUCUCUCUCCAAACUUUGUCUAAAUUACAGAAUGAUUUUUCAUGUUUGUGCAGUGGUUUUCAGCAUUCCUGGCCCAGUCCGGGGACACUGUGGGUGUGUCCAGCUUAAGUCCAGUAACUGGAAAUACAAGCCCAAGUUCUGGAGAGUUCGAGCUGCAGAGAUAUAAAUGGGGACACUUUCAACCUUGACUCGUUGGCCAUAACCAGCAGAGUGGAAAAUAGAAGAAGAGGAAAAACAUUGAACCGCAAUGUUAUAACAUCCUUUACUAGGCAGAGAAAAGAGGAAAGACCGGGAAAGAAAACUGUAUUACAAUGUGAAAAUGUAAUGUUGAGAAAUUCAGGCAUCUUGGGGUUAGUGAGAAGUUUUAGGGGCUUGGACUCUUCAAAUCACAUGUACAGAAAUGUGUAUUUUAUCUGAUAUCUUAUCAAAUGACAUUUAUAGUGCUAAUCUUUAUCUCAAGACUUCACAUCUUUUGGUGAUUGCAUCUUUUAGGUUUAUAGCAGUUAAGUUUGCAUGAAAGCACCAGGGCUGUUUCAUUUCAGUCAAGAAUAAUGUUCAUUGAUUGUGCUUCUGCAUUUCAUACAACUAUUUUAGAACUUGUUUUAGUUUUAUGAGGGAAUAAUUGGUCCAACUUCUAUAUAACUCAGGAAUUUACUCUCAAACAACACUGUCAAUUAGUUACCUAUCUCUCUGCAAAUGAUCUGGGAACAUUGAGAGGAAAGGAAGGAAGAGGCAAAAUCUGACCACUUAAAUCUAAGCAUAUUAGAUCAUUUUGGUUGUUAGAAAGUCCUGAAUGAUGUGACUUACGUUCUUGUAAAACAUCUCUUUGCAUAGAUUCAUGGCCCAAACAAUAUAUAAAGAGUGGAGAAGGAACCGCAGUUGCAAAUAGUUCAAAUCAUUGCUCCAUCUUAACUAUGCAGUUCACAAAGUGUGAAGAAAUUUGAUCUUCUCAAAAAAGAUAACAGGAAAAAAAAUAAUGUUUUGUUCUGUGACUUUAAAGUUUUGCAAUAUUUUACGUACAUGAGAACGGGUACUUUAAUAAGAACCCUUGAUACUUUUGUUAUUGUAUUCAAUAUAUGCUUAUAAUACAACAGGAUCGUAUUGUUUGGAAUUUGGAAAUAUAUUCUUUCUUGUGCAAUCUUAUACAGUGAUACUGCUUGAAUAUAAUUACGUGAAUUUAUCUUUCUUUUUUGUUGUUGUUUUGCACUCUACUUAUUUGGUGCCUGUCAGUCUUUUAUCAUCAGUUUAUAUUCUACUAAACUCAAAAAGACAAUCUCAUACCUUUUGUAAUUGUAGGCAUUCCUUACUAGAUUUUUAAAUAGACUUCAAAAAUUCAAGUACUUUGAUUUCAUGCCAUCAAGUAGCUGGAUCUAUCCCCCCCGCCACCCCCCGCUUUUAAAUGUUAGUGAGUAGUUCAAUUUCUGUCACUUUCUAGUUUGUGAAUUCUAAAUCUUUUAAAACAAUCUUGCCAUUUUUCAUGCACUUAUCCUUAUGGAAAACUCUAUCAAACACUACUUAUCUCUUACUUUUAUGUUUUAAACUACUUUUUUAUGUUACUAUUCCGUCUGCUUUCUAAAUGCACAUAUUAAUGUAUUCUUUUUAUUCUCUGUAGCUCUUCUCAGUAUAUGAAUUCAGUUUCCCAUCAAUCUCCAUACAAUUUUAAAAAAUAAAUGUGAAGUAUUCUGUUAUUUUAGUAUGAUAUCUAGUGCCCAUAUUCUAAUUCUGCCUCUUAUUUUUAAAAUAAUUGUAUUAUUCAUUUAAAAUGACAACAAUUUCAAUUUCAAGAAAGUGAAAGGAAACAAAGGAAUAAUAUUAUGGGUUUAAUUUUUAUCAGUGAACUUGUAGGUGAAGAAAAGGUUUUGGGAAGGAAAUGAACAUAUUAUACUGCAAAAUAGUAAGGAACAAUCAGAUGUGUUUUCUAGUUUCUGGAAAAGCAUGUUUCAAGAAAUUCAACGACAAAUUCAUCAUGCUUGCUUAGAUUGUUGAGAAGCAAAAGUGCUGAUGAACACUAGGAAGCAAUGAGAAUGUAAUUCUAAUCAUACUGUUUUAAUACUUUUGCAGAACUCUCCAAACGCCGCUCUGUGUGGAUGUCUUUCAGAAUUUGAUGAAUACUAGGGGUCUUAUUCUGCCCUUUUCUCUCUACCACAAUAUAUACAUUGUAUCACACACACAUAUACACAGUAUUGUGUGUAUGUGUAUAUAUAUAGUAUUACAUGUAUUGCACACACAUACACAUUUUCCAAAUAUUACAUAUAAUUUCACGUAAUUUAUAGACCUAUUAAGGCCCAACCAUUUUCUUGGAUAGGGGAUUCUUUGGAAGUCCAGCUUAAAUAAAGCCCUUAUAGAACUUUUUUUUAAAUUUAUACAUUAUCACCUACAGUAACAUUAUCUACUGAACUCUUAGUACAUGCUACCUGAACCUUUUAUCACGUUUCUUCCUGGCUUGUAUUACAACACUGUUGACAUAUCUCAGCCUCACUUCUAGGCUUCUUUGAGAGCAUGACUCAUGUUUGUAUUCCUCACUGAGGUUGAAUGAAUAAGAGAAACUACAAUAGCAGGAAAAAAACUGCACAUGUAGAUAUCAGUGAAUAUGAAAGGGUCAAAUGAAUCUAUUAUAGUAAGCACAAAAUCAACGGACACCAACAAAGUAAACCCCAAAAUUUUAAUGGUAUUUUAAUAGAUCAAGAGGAACAAGCAGAUUGCUAUCUGGGAAGUUGGUAAAGUUUUGAGACAAUUGUCUCCUACUUUCUCUAUCAUGGGGAGUAAUUUUAAAAGAAAAAUGGAGGGUAAGUUUCUUUGAGAGAAAAUUGUAGCUUAAAACAGGUCAUGGGAUAAUUAGAAAUAAUUUAAUUGCUUUAGAGGAUUUUAAUCUUUCAACUGCUCUCAAUUAGAUCCUAAGGCAAUAAAAGAAUCAGGAGGUUUGGAAAACCAUUGUCUGUAAUCUCUGAAGAAAAGUGGACAUUAGGGGAGUCAGUUGAAAAGCGAAGCUAUCACCAUUUUCUAAAGAGGAAAAAGGUGAACCUCACAAACUAUAGAUCAAAAAAAUAGGACAUCGAGAGAAAGAAUAUGAAGCUCACAUAGGUUCACAAAGAAUGAGUCAAAUCAAACAACAUACAUUUUUAUUUAUAAAGCAUGACUUGUUCAUCGUCAAUUCAUGUUAGCUUAAUAAUUAGGCAUUAAUGCCAUCACUGCAAUGCAUAUGUCAGCAAUGAAUAAUCAAAGGCCAGGCUUCCAUCAUUCUGUUUAAUAUCUUCGAGUAAUGCUUAUGUUUGCAAAUGCUCUUUUAACAAAUUCUCCAUAUGCAGCCUGUCCAGCACUGCACACAAUAGACCUGUUACUUCCCCCUCACAAGCACUCCUAAUAUUUCAUGUGCUUAUCCAAUUGACUUCUCCCACUGGUGCCUCAUAUCGAAUUUGUAGAAUCACACCUGCUCCUUUUUCAAAACUCUUCUGAGUUUUUUCUUAAAUAAUUCACUGACUCAAAAGCUGUCAGAUAUUUGAAGACUAGUCACAAAAUUUUAAUAUUAUAAAUGUAUAAUGUAAAUGUAAUCAAGAUUUGUAUAAUGUACAAUGUACGUUGGUAAAUAAAAGUAUGCUGUGAAUAAAUACAUAUAAAAUUCAAAA